GUGAAGUCAAUCAACCACCAACCCCCAACCCCUCUCCCCACCUUCGCAAAGUGGGUGGGCGAGCCCCAAAACAAGGCGUUAAAAGUAGCUAAGGCAUCGCCUAAUUUGAUCUCCUUGAGCUUGUAGAGAACUCUGAUUCAGACGCCAUAAGCUCAGAUCAUCAAUUUUUUCUGGGUUCUUUUCAUUUGCAAACUAUAUUCACUGCUCUGAUAUUUAGAUAUGGCUCCAUUAACAAGAAUUGGGCUUGCUGGCCUUGCUGUCAUGGGUCAAAAUCUUGCACUCAACAUUGCGGAGAAAGGAUUCCCAAUUUCUGUUUACAACCGAACCACUUCAAAAGUUGAUGAGACAGUUGCACGAGCCAAACAAGAAGGAGAUCUUCCCUUAUAUGGAUUCCAUGAUCCUGAAUCCUUUGUAAAUUCAAUCCAAAAACCUCGUGUAAUAAUCAUACUUGUUAAGGCUGGACCUCCUGUUGACCAAACUAUCAAGACUUUGUCAGUUUACAUGGAGAAAGGGGACUGCAUUAUUGAUGGUGGUAAUGAGUGGUAUGAGAACACUGAGAGAAGAGAGAAAUCCAUGGCUGAUCUGGGAUUGCUUUAUCUGGGAAUGGGAGUUUCAGGUGGUGAAGAGGGUGCUCGUCAUGGACCAUCUUUAAUGCCCGGAGGUUCCUUUGAGGCCUACAAAUACAUAGAAGACAUCCUCCUUAAGGUGGCUGCUCAAGUUCCUGAUAGUGGCCCUUGUGUCACAUACAUUGGCAAAGGAGGAUCUGGCAAUUUUGUCAAGAUGGUUCACAAUGGGAUUGAAUAUGGUGAUAUGCAACUGAUUGCGGAAGCAUAUGAUGUGCUGAAAUCAGUUGGGAAGCUUACCAACGAGGAAUUACGCAAGGCUUUCUCAGAGUGGAACAAAGGGGAGCUUCUGAGUUUCUUGAUCGAGAUCACUGCUGAUAUUUUUGGAAUUAAGGAUGAAAAGGGAGAUGGAUAUUUGGUUGACAAGGUUUUGGACAAAACUGGCAUGAAAGGUACUGGUAAAUGGACAGUUCAGCAAGCUGCUGAAUUGUCAGUAGCUGCUCCUACUAUAGCUUCAUCAUUGGAUGGAAGAUUCCUCAGUGGUCUGAAAGCAGAGAGAAUUGAAGCUGCCAAAGUUUUCAAAUCAAGUGGUGUUGGAGACAUCCUAGCCAAUCAAGCUGUUGAUAAGACAAAGUUGAUUGAUGAUGUGAGGCAAGCUCUGUAUGCUUCCAAAAUAUGUAGCUAUUCCCAGGGUAUGAACUUGAUACGUGCAAAAAGUGCUGAGCAGGGAUGGGAUUUGAAACUUGGGGAACUAGCAAGGAUUUGGAAGGGCGGUUGCAUCAUUCGUGCUGUGUUCUUGGACCGUAUCAAGAAGGCCUAUGACAGAAACCCAGACCUGGCUAAUCUUCUUGUUGAUCCAGAGUUUGCUAAGGAGAUUAUUGAUCGACAAUCUGCUUGGCGAAGAGUUGUCUGCCUUGCUAUCAACUCAGGUAUUAGCACACCUGGUAUGUCUGCUAGCCUUGCUUAUUUUGACACAUAUAGGAGGGAAAGGCUGCCUGCUAACUUAGUCCAAGCUCAACGAGAUUACUUUGGAGCUCAUACCUAUGAAAGAAUUGAUGUACCGGGAUCUUUCCACACUGAAUGGUUCAAGAUUGCUAAACAGUCAAAGAUUUAAAAUUUUACUUUCUCUUGGUGCUGGUGGUAAUGUGAUAAGCUAUCCUAGCGACUUACUGCCACAGAACCUUUGUAAAAAAUCACUUAUUUUUCCUGUUGAGUGGUAUCAUCUCAUAUCAGUAAGGCAUAUUAAAAUGUUCAAUUUAUUGGGCAUAAUGUUGCUAUGCUAUAUUUUGGACCUUUUCAGGAAGAUCCAGCCAGCUUUGUUAUUUUAGAUGAAACAAUUUAUCCUUUUACUUAAUGCACUUCUUUCAGUACAAUAAGAGUGUAUAUAAGCUCCAUUAUAUUGGUUCA